AUGAAGGGUAUAAAAAAGGAAGGAUGGAUAUCUUAUAAAGCGGAUGGAAUGUUCUCGUUCUUAUGGCAAAAAAGGUACUUGAUAUUGAAUGAUUCGUAUCUAUUGUUUUACAAAAAUGAUAGGCUCAAUGAGGAACCCGUUUUAUCCGUGGCUUUGACUAGCAUAUCAAACGUUAGCAGGAUACAAUUGAAGCAAAAUUGUUUUGAGAUUCUUCGAGCAACAGAUCAAAGGGACAACUUAUCCGCCAUAAAUUCCUAUUUUUAUGAAUCCAAUUCCAAAAGAUCAAUAUUCGUAUCCACAGGAACCGAGAGAGAUUUGCAUGGUUGGCUCGAUGCUAUUUUUGCCAAAUGCCCACUAUUGAGCGGUGUUUCAUCACCAACUAAUUUUACACAUAAAGUGCAUGUUGGGUUUGACCCGAAAAUGGGUAAUUUUGUUGGGGUGCCUGAUGGUUGGGCUAAACUACUACAAACCUCAGAAAUUACCUACGACGAUUGGAAUAGAAAUUCAAAGGCCGUUAUCAAAGCAUUGCAAUUUUAUGAGGAUUACAAUGGGCUAGACACCAUUCAGUCCGAAAAGCAGACCCAUACAAGUUUAGGUUUGAAGCCUUUGAAAAGUCCGACAAAGUAUAUUGUCAACAAGAGAAGUAACUCUAUCAAAAGAUCAUUGAGUAAGACGCUCAGGAAAAACAAGACGGAUUCCAUUCUGCCUGCAUAUCAAUCCGAACUUAAGCCUUUUCCCAGAUCUUUCGAAGAUAACAAUAGUGUCACCAGUAUAAAGAAUUCUAAACUGUAUGACGAAGAUGGAAUGCACGUCAGUAAAGACUAUGUAGCAUAUCUCCAAACAAAACAAUUAGAAAAGAGAGAACAGCAAGCUAUUCAACAGCAUUUUCGAAGGCAUGACAGUAAUGCGAUAUUAAAGCCUCACAGGGCAGCGCCAUCCGCGCCUAUCGCAAAGGAUCAUGAUGGCGGAAUCAGAGCGCCCACAGAGGAUCUUCUUGAACUGAAGGACGCAGGUAAUUUCGAUGAAAUAAUAAUGAAGAUGAAGACUGUGGCAAUUGAUGUAAACCCGAGACCGUAUUUCCAGAUGAUAGAAAAGGCAGGCCAGGGAGCUAGCGGCGCAGUAUAUUUAUCGAAAAGAAUAAAGCUGCCCCAAGAAAAUGAUUUGAGAUUUUUGAAUUCACAUUGUCAUCGAAUUGUAAAAGAAAGGGUGGCUAUAAAGCAAAUACAUUUGUCUAAGCAACCUAAGAAACAGCUGAUCAUGAAUGAACUUUUGGUGAUGAACGACUCUCAUCACGAAAAUAUUGUCAAUUUUCUUGAAGCCUAUAUCAUUGAUGAUGAAGAAUUAUGGGUUAUCAUGGAGUACAUGGAAGGUGGUUGUUUAACGGACAUAUUGGAUGCUGCCGUAGGAAGUAAUGAUGGUAAGAAAUCAUCGGCACUGAAUGAAAGUCAAAUCUCUUAUAUAGUAAGAGAGACGUGUCAAGGUUUGAAGUUUUUACACGGCAAUAACAUUAUACAUAGGGAUAUUAAAUCUGAUAAUAUUUUGCUUAAUUCUAGAGGAUUGGUCAAAAUUACAGACUUCGGAUUUUGCGUAGAACUAACAGAGAAAAGAAGUAAACGAGCCACCAUGGUGGGUACCCCAUACUGGAUGGCGCCUGAAAUAGUGAAUCAGAAGCAAUAUGAUGAGAAGGUCGACGUCUGGUCACUUGGGAUAAUGCUCAUUGAAAUGGUAGAAGGAGAACCUCCUUAUUUGAAUGAAGAUCCCUUAAAGGCAUUAUAUUUGAUAGCUAAUAAUGGUUCACCAAGAUUGCGACAUGCAGAAUUGGUGUCUAACAAAACUAGACAAUUUUUGGAUGCCUGCUUGCAAGUGAAGGUUGAAAUGAGAGCGUCAGUGAGGAAAUUGCUAACAUUUGAAUUUUUAUCACUGGCGUGUGGCCCUGAGGAGUUCAAAUUGGCCAUAAAGUGGCGUUAA